CUAACGUUUUAAUUUGUGGGCUGAGCCUGGUUUUUCUGGGUACAAGGCCAGAACCCAACUUGUAGAAAUUCAAGCCACCACUCAUGAUUUUUACAUGAGAGGGCUAUCUGAAAAUCGCAUUGAUAAGAAAGUUUAAUGAUGGAAGCGGGAACUGCUCUCAGUCUCCGACUCCACACUCGCAUUCCCAUUCCCAUCAACACUGCCAAUUCAAAUACCUUAUUAUUCCAACCUCGCUUCACUCUUUCAUCUCAUUCUCCUUCUUCCUUUUCCGCUUACAGUUACAGAGGCCCCACACCAAAACGCCCCUUCCUCGCCGACUGGGUCUCCCAAAACGACGACGUCGUUCGCACCCUCCCAAUCUACGUCGGCUCUGCCUCCCUCUUCGCCAUCCUCCUAAACCGCUCCCUGUCCGGCAUCGCCCCCGUCGUCGACGCCGGCAGUUCGCAGUCCCGAGCUGACCUCUUGACUUUGGGAUUGGCCGUUACCAAUAUUUUGGCAGGCCUCGUUUGGCUUUCAGUAAAACCUAAAUCUAUUACUGUGGUAAAUCCUCGAGGAGUUGAAUGCAAGAGUUUGUGCGCUACACUCCCUGAAGUUGCACGUAAUGAGUUGCUUUGGGUGUGGGAAUCUCUAUCAGAUGCCACUUGUUGUCGUUCACUUGUUGUUGUUUAUGAGAGCAGUUGUGUACUCCAAAUUGGUUUUGCAGCAGAAUCUUCUCCUGGGGAUGGUGACGCUGUAAGUGUGGAUGCCAAUAAAUUGAUGCAAGGAUCAGUAUACCAGGGGGUUAUGAAAUCUGGUGCUCAGAGUUACUUGGCUAAUCUAUCUCUUUAUCCUGGGAAAUCUGAGCUGCCAUUUCUACCUUCAAAUACACAGGCAGUAAUUUUACAACCACUUGGAGAUAAAGGGAUUGCAAUUAUUGGUGGUGACACGAUACGAGGUUUCACUGGUUCUGAUCAGGUGUGGAUUACUUAUAUUGGAGCGAAGCUGGAUUCUAGCCUUGCAAAAUAUCUGAAACAUCACCCUCUGACUUCACAAGAUUAAAAGAUUCAAAGAUUUGCGAGGUAGCCUCUCAUGCUUGUUUCUACUCCAUUUUAAUGGAAAUAAAUCCUCGAACUUUCAGCCGAGUUCUUUAGGAUAAGAGGCUAAAUAUUCGAUCACAUGUACUAGUAUAUGUUAUCCAUAUUUUAAGGCAAUGCUCAAAUUGAUUAUUAGAUUAAUUCAAAGUUAGUAACUUACUGUAUACAUCAGCGCAUUUUGUUAACUACUUCUAGCGGUUGACUUUUA